UGAAAGAUUUUGAUAAUUUUCAGAUUGAUCUGGAAGUUUUUAUACUCGAGUGGCAUUGAAAUUUUCAGUUGCCAUCUUGACAGUUGUACUGCCCAUCUUUCCCAUUUUGCGACUUAAUCCCCUGAAAACUGAUCAGAUAUGAGCGGUGGUGGAGGAGGGGGAGGGGGAGGAGGAGGGGAGAAGAAAAAGCAGACUAUUCUUGACCUAUCCAAGUACAUGGACAAACACAUCCACGUCAAAUUCCAAGGAGGUCGGGAGGCAUCGGGAAUUUUAAAAGGCUACGACCAACUUCUAAACAUAGUAUUGGAUGAGUCAAUUGAGUUCAUGCGAGAUCCAGAUGAUCCCCAGAAACUGACCAAGGACACCAGAGCGUUGGGUCUGUCAGUAUGUCGAGGCACCUCUAUCCUAUGCAUAUGUCCACAAGACGGAAUGGAAGAAAUACCCAAUCCAUUCAUUCAGCAGGAGUGAAAAUCAAACUAUUUAUGAUGCUCUUUUUUUCUCGUCAAUGGAGAUGUUACUUCCAGUAGCUUUUUCUUGAAGUGAUAUAUUGUUUUUUUUUCUGAGACUUAAUGUUGAUCAUUGAUUAUUUCGUUGUUCUGACUUCCAGUUCAUGUUGAUAUGGCA